AUUGCGCUCUCUCUCUCUCUCUCGGCAUAGUUGGGUUCUUAAAAUAUCUCUGGUUUUUCUAGUUCCACUCUUAACUUUUUAUGAGCUAGGCAACACCGAAUCUUUUCUUUUUCCCUCUCCGAUGUCAGCCAACCACUACAUUACCAGCAACGGGGACGCCGAGCUGGCCAAACCGGCUCUUACUUCGUCGGGUUCCUUCAAGGCACGCAAAUCCAAGCCCAGCGCCAACCCCGCCGCCGGUACAGCUAUCUCACGGGCCGGUUCGGAUGUCGAUGAUAUUAUUACACUUUUGCACGGCUCUGAUCCCGUCCGCGUUGAGCUUAACCGCCUAGAGAACGAAGUCCGAGAUAGAGAUAGGGAAUUGGGAGAAGCCCUUGCAGAAAUCAAGUCCUUGAAGAAUUCAGAACGCUUGAAAGAGAAGGCAGUUGAGGAGCUUACAGACGAGCUAAAUAAAGUGGAUGAAAAGCUAAAAGCUGCAGAAGCUCUUCUGGAAAGCAGGAACCUUGAAAUUAAGAAAAUAAAUGAAGAGAAAAAAGCCGCUUUGGCAGCCCAAUUUGCUGCAGAAGCAACACUUCGAAGAGUACAUGCUGCUCAGAAAGAUGAUGACAUGCCUCCUAUUGAGGCCAUUAUCACUCCGCUGGAGGCUGAAUUGAAGUUGGCUAGGCUGGAGGUUGCAAAGUUGCAAGAUGACAAUAGAGCACUUGAUCGCCUCACCAAAUCUAAGGAAGCUGCUCUACUUGAGGCAGAGAAAACCGUCGAGAUGGCUUUGGCAAAAGCAUCCUUAGUUGAUGAUCUGCAAAACAAAAACCAAGAGUUAAUGAAGCAAAUUGAAAUAUGCCAGGAGGAGAAUAAAAUUCUGGACAAAAUGCAUCGCCAAAAGGUUGCUGAGGUGGAAAAGCUGACUCAGACUGUUCGAGAGCUUGAGGAGGCUGUCCUAUCUGGAGGCGCUGCUGCUAAUGCUGUGCGUGAAUACCAGAGAAGAGUGCAAGAAAUGAAUGAGGAGAAAAAAGUACUGGAACGUGAAGUAGCUCGUGCAAAGGUUAGUGCGAACAGAGUUGCUACUGUAGUUGCAAAUGAGUGGAAGGAUGGCAAUGAUAAAGUUAUGCCAGUAAAGCAAUGGCUUGAAGAAAGAAGAUUUUUUCAGGGGGAAAUGCAGCAGCUUAGAGAUAAAUUGGCAGUUGCUGAGCGCACAGCAAAGGCAGAAUCCCAAUUGAAAGAAAAAUAUCAAUUACGUUUCAAGGUUUUGGAGGAAAGGCUUAAAGCAUCUAAUGGUAAUUCCCGUGCUACUUUUGAAGGAAGAAAUGUAUGCAGUGGGCAAUCACGGCGUCAGUCUUUUGGUGGAGCUGAGAAUUUUUCCAGAUCAUCAUCCAAUGGCUAUUUGUCAAGGAAAGCAUCACAUUUACAAGCUGGCUCUCUUCGUUCUAAUAACACUGCGACAUUAUUAAGGCAUGCCAAGGCAUCAUCAAGAUCAUUUGAUGGAGGUAAUGGAUCAGUUGAUGCAGUUAAGCUUAUUCCAGAAAACAUGAGUGCAGACAAUGCUGUCACCAGCACCAGCAAUCAGACCCAAAAUAGUGAAACUGUUGUCUGUGAGCAACCUGCUAAUGGGUUGCCAAUGGAAAAAUCAAAAUCCGAGCACGAGGAUUGUGUUUCAGGAAUUUUGUAUGAUAUGUUACAGAAAGAGGUGAUGACUUUGAGAAAAGCUUCCCAGGAAAAAGAUCAAAGCCUCAAGGACAAGGAUGAUGCCAUUGAGAUGCUGGCAAAGAAGGUUGAUACAUUAAACAAAGCAAUGGAGGUUGAAUCAAAAAAGAUGCGAAGGGAAAUGGCUGCCAUGGAAAAGGAAGUUGCUGCUAUGCAGGUUAGCAAGGAGCGUGAUCAUAGAACGCGGCGCAGCAGUGCUCCCAGGGCUGCUCAGUUACUUUCUGCCAGGUAUGCAAGAAAUUCAUAGGCAACUGAUGUAAAUGCAACAAUGAGCAGACAAGGGCAUCUAUCUCUUGAUUUAACUUAGCAGCCAACAAGUUUCUGUGGUUUGUCGUAUUUAUACUCUCCCUAAGCUGAGCCUCUUCAAUUGCCUCCAUCGGGCAGCUAAGCCUAUUUGUAAAGCACUGACUCUAGGUUUCUAAGGGAAUCAGUAAUAUUGUGUAUAUGUUUUGUAUCAAAAUUAUUAAAAUUAAGAAAUCACUGUGAUCCAGUGUGCCAUGAAUCUAAUAUACAAGGUUUGUCA